AAUAUUUAUGGUACACAUCACUAAAGUAUUAAUCACCUCACUUUAUAAAUUCAAAUUUGUAGAGUUGGAAUCUACAAAGUUAGUGAUAAUUACAACAAUUGCGACGUUUAAAAAUAGUGUAAAAUUUCAAUGUUAGCAAACUUUUGUACAUAGCUGUAACACCGAUAUAAAAGUGAAGUGCAAAACUCUAGUAUAGUGAUACAAAGCAUUUAUCAUGGGUCUUACCAUAUCUGCAGUGUUCAAUAGAUUGUUUAGUAAAAAGCCUAUGAGAAUUUUAAUGGUAGGAUUGGACGCUGCUGGUAAAACCACAAUCUUAUACAAAUUAAAGCUGGGUGAAAUUGUAACUACUAUCCCAACGAUCGGCUUUAAUGUAGAAACCGUCGAAUACAAGAAUAUAUCUUUCACAGUGUGGGACGUAGGUGGCCAGACAAGAAUCAGAAAACUCUGGAGACACUAUUUCGCCAACACUGACGGACUUAUUUUUGUGGUUGAUUCCAAUGAUCGAGAUCGUAUCGCGGAAGCCGAAGAAGAAUUGCACAAUAUGUUAGGAGAGGACGAUUUAAGAGACUGCAUUUUGUUAAUAUUCGCCAACAAACAAGAUUUACCAAAUUCGAUGUCCACUGCUGAAUUGACAGACAAGCUUAAGUUGCACACUCUGAAGAACAGAAGGUGGUACAUUCAAGCCACCUGUGCCACCCAAGGGAAUGGUUUGUACGAAGGACUAGAUUGGUUGUCAAAUGAGUUGGCCAAGUGAAAUAGAUGUUGUGAAGAGUAGCUUUUUAUAUUUUUUAUUGAUAAUGUAAAAUCCUGUUUUAUUUGCUCCUGUUUAGUAGGAUUCAUGCAAUAUUGUUUCUAUGUUUUGUGUAUUUUGACUAAUUUAUAUAUUUGUAUUAUUAAAAUAUAGAUUUUUUUAUCCAAAUCCUAGUCAAUCUGCUAUCAGUUAAUCUUAUCUUUAACUUUUGAUGUUGUUCAGGAUUUGUGUAUAUUUUUUUUUACAGUUUUGUUAAAUAUUUAAUUUUUCUCCCAUUAUGGUAAUUAACGCUCAACAAUUUGUUCGUUUAGGCAACCACACAUUACAUAUGAUUGAAUCAUACAGUUUAUGCCUGCCAUAGUCUAAUUUCAGUGAUUAUUUUUUGUUUUAUUGUUUGAGCAUAUUUUUUAAGAAAUUCACUUCAAUAUUGUUGCCUUUCUUCUAUUCAUACUCCUCUAUAUAUCGUAUCAGUUGUUACAUAUAAUUUAUAUUUUUUUAAUUGAUGCCAAUUUUCUUUGUGGAUUCACAAUAUUUUUAUACCCUUUCUGAGAAAUGUUUCGAAUGCCUUUUACAUUUCAAUUAUUCAAUAUUACACAAUAUGUCUGUAAUCCCAGGUGUAAAAUGGAACUAAAUUAUUUUUGUGCCAUAGGUAAGGCUACAGAUUCUCCAAAUAUAAAUUAUUUACAUUUCAAUAUAAUAUAUAAAAUACAUAUUUUUAUAAUGUAAGUCAAUAUUUGUGUUUAUUUUCGUUGUCGCCCUUUGUAUUCUCAUGGUGUUUGUAUAAAUAGAUAUAAACAACAGACAAAAAAACUUAUUUACACAAAUCCUAUCACACAAUAAUUAAGUCUGAUAGUUAAUUGUUUCCAAUAAAUUUUGUUUUGUGAUAAUAAAAUUUUUAACAGAUCUAAGAUAAAUUGACAAUUUGGACUAAAUAUGUCUUUUAUAAUAGGUUCAGCAGAUACUAUUGGCUAAAAAUGAUCAUAUUGUAUUGCAAUUAGAAAAAAAGCAUAAUUUUGGUUGAAAUUAGCUAUAUAAGACAAAUAUUACAAACUAAAUGCUACAAAUGUUUUCUUUCAUACUAAAAUAUAUUAUAGUUAAAAAUGACCAGUGAACAUUUAUUUUUGAACUGAUCUCUAAAUAAACAACAUUUUCAUAAGUUAUAGUAUACAACAAAAGAAUAAUAUUGUAUGAAUCUAUUAGACCAUAUCAUAAACCAACUUUUUCAUGUAGUAAACAUUUCUGCAAACUGUUUUUUCUGUGAAUUAACUUUUUAGAUUUAAAUCUUUAUAUAAUUAAGUUUCCUAUUAUAUAUUACUUUUAUUGUAUAAAUAUGUU